AUGAUGACAAAUGAUGGUGCAAUGUCUGAAACUGAAAGCCAGUGUAGGUAUGACGUUUUCCUUAGCUUUAGUGGUGAAGAUACCCGUCACACAUUCACUUCUCAUCUCUAUCAUGCUUUGUGCCGGAAGGGAAUUCCCACCUUCAUGGAUGAUGGGGAACUUCAGCUUGGAGACCAUAUUGCUCCUGCGCUUCUCAAAGCCAUUCAAGAAUCAAGGAUCUCAGUGGUUGUUUUCUCUCAAAAUUAUGCAGAUUCUUCAUGGUGCCUUGAUGAACUUGUCAAGAUACACGAGUGUAUGAAGUCAAAAAACCAGCUCCUUUGGCCCAUCUUCUACAAAGUGGAUCCCUCAGACGUGAGGCAUCAGAAUGGAAAUUAUGCUAAGGCCAUGACUAAGCAUGAAAAAAGGUUUGGGAAAGACUCUGAGAAGGUGCUCCAAUGGAGGUCAACCUUGACUCACAUUGCCAACUUGAAAGCACUACAAGAAAAUCGCUUCAAUGCUGUUAGGAGGGACGAAUCCAAGUUUAUUGAUGAUCUUGUUAGCAAGAUUUUCAUUAAAUUAUCUCCUAAAGAUUUGUCAAGUGAUGAGCAUAUAGUAGGACGGGAGGAUCGAGUUGAAGAAUUGAAAUCACUUCUAGAUCUUGAGAAUCAUAAUAUCACUUGCCUGUUGGGGAUUCAUGGAACAGGUGGAAUUGGAAAAACCACACUUGCCAAAGCUUUGUACGACUCCGUUUACAAUAAGUUUGAGGGUUCAAGUUUUCUCUCCCACGGAUUAAAACAUCUGCAAGAAAGGCUUCUAACAGAUAUACUUGAGGUCAGCAAAAUUAAGUUGAGAAGUACUGAAGAUGGAAUCAAAACAAUAAAAAGUAGACUUGGCUUUAAAAGAGUUCUUAUAGUUCUCGACGAUGUUGAUAACAUUGAACAGUUGAAUAAUUUGAUAGGGAGAGAAGUUUGGUUUGGUCAUGGGAGUAGGAUCAUCAUAACCACAAGAGAUAAACAUUUGCUAGAUCUUGGUCAGGUUAACAACAGAUAUGAAGUGAAAGUGCUAAACGACCAAGAGUCUCUAGAACUCUUCUGUCAGAGUGCCUUCAGAAAAAGCUUUCCUGAAACAAACUAUGAAUAUCUGUCCAAUCGUGCAAUGCGAUGUUGCAAAGGCCUUCCAUUGGCCUUAAAUGUGCUGGGCUCUCAUUUGGUUGGAAAAGAUUUUGAUGGAUGGAAGGAUGCACUUGAUAGAUAUGAAAAGAGUCCACAUGAAGAUGUCCAAAAAGUUCUUAGAAUAAGCUAUGAUAGUCUUGCUCCCAAUGAGAAGAAUAUAUUUCUUGAUAUCGCGUGCUUCUUCAAAGGACAUAGAUUGGAAUACAUAAGGAGAGUACUAGAUGCGUGUGACUUCAGCUCAGGAGAUGGUAUCACAACACUAGUCAAUAAAUCUUUGUUAAGUAUUGACAACAAUUGCUUAGGGAUGCAUGACCUAAUGCAAGCAAUGGGCAGAGAAAUUGUUAAGGAGGAAGCGUGGAAUGAAGUUGGCGAACGCAGCAGAUUAUGGAAUCAUGAAGAUGUUCUUCAAGUACUACUUGAUGAUAAUGGAAGUAGCAAAAUUCAAGGAAUAAUGCUUGAUGGGCAUCAACGAGAAGAAGAAAUUACUUGUGUUGUUGAUACUGUAUUUGAAAAGAUGAAGAAUCUCAGAAUUCUCAUUGUUUGCAACUCAAGCUUUUCACUUGAGCCGAGUUUUCUCCCAAAUAAUUUAAGGCUUCUUGAUUGGAAAUAUCCUUCACAGUCUUUCCCUUCAGGUUUUUAUCCCAGGAAAAUUGGAUCCUUUAAUUUAAGUGGAAGUCCUCUACUCGUGCUAGAAAAGCCAUUUCAGGUACAAUUGCUUGAUCUAAUCUCGCAGAUGAUUGUUGUUACAUUUCAGUAUUUGGCAUACAUGAAUAUCUCCUAUUGUCCUAUGGUUACUGAAUUUCCUGAUGUGUCUGGCGCCAUGAAUUUAAGAGAACUAAGACUUGAUGGAUGCCAGAAACUGGUUAGCAUUCAUAAAUCAGCAGGUUAUCUGGUUAACCUAGUUCUCCUAAGUGCUUCAGGAUGCUAUCAACUCCCAAGUUUUGUGCCAACAAUGUAUUUGCCAUCUCUCCAAUACCUUUCCUUCGAACUUUGCUCAAGACUAGCACACUUCCCAAAGAUCGAUGGAACCAUGGAUGAGUCAUUAGAGAUUAAUAUUUCAUAUACAGAUCUUAAGGAGCUUCCAGAAUCCAUUGAAAAACUCGUUGGGCUUAAGUAUCUUGACAUGACAGAUUGCAAGGGACUUCAACAUUACCAACUUCGAAAAAUUCCUGAGCUGCCAUCAAGUGUUGAGAAAGUAGAUGCAAGAGAAUGCAAAUGCUUAACUUCCCAGACAUCAAACAUCUUAUGGUGUCAGGUGCGUAAAGAGAUAAAGAGAUUAAAAGUGAAGAUGCCACACACGGAGAUUCCAGAGUGGUUCGACUAUGUUAACAAUGGAGGGUAUCCAGUUAUCAAGGCUCGUGGGAAGUUCCCUGUGAUUGCUUUAGCGUUUGUGUUCAGGGACGUGAAUGCCAAGGAUAGUGAUCUAUUUGCAGCUGAUUACCAAGCUGUUGGCAUGGAGUUGUUCGUUGAGGGUAAACGCAGACGCUACAAUAAUUUCACUCUGGCAGAGAAUCAUGUGUUUUUGUGUGACCUACGAGUUUUGUUCAGUUUGGGGAAGUGGGAGGAUGUAGGUGUUGGAGGUGGUAAUGAUUGGAAGACCAUAAAGAUUUACUGUAAAACAGAGAUGAUUCUGUGUUCACGGGGAGUUUAUGUGUACAAGCAUGAGACAAACAUGGAGGAUAUUCAGUUCACAAGUCAACGUUCCUGUUCCUAUUUGGUUCGAAGGCUUGACACAUUUAAUGCAGCAAGGAGUAAGAAACAAAGUUUGAAAUGGCAAGACACAUAUCUAGAGCAUGAUAGGAAAAUCAGAAGUGUUCAUGAGUUGAACCGUUUACUAGGCAUACAAAGCAGCCCUGAAGGAACUUCGGUGGACAAGGACCACGAUUCACAGUGGGAGGAGUUGACUGAUGACUACUACUUCCAUGAUGAUGAUGAUGAUGAUGGAAAGAGUCAAGAAACUGGCCAUUCAGAGGAUGAUGAGGAAGAGUCAGGGUCAGCGUGCAGGUCUGGAAAAAGGAUGAGAAGAUGUUGA